CCACAGGGCCUCUCCCUCUCCUCCUGGGGCGAUGGGGCAGGAGUGCCUAUGGCACCGAGGACCCAGCCCAGCUGGGAAAAGAUAAAACGCCCGUCAGUUGCCCAGAAGCUCACUGUGCUUCCUCCCAGCUCUCUCAGCCUCUGCUCCGGCCCCUCUGACAGCCAUGAGGUCCUCUGUAUCUCGGCGGACGUACUCUACCAAAGGCGGCUUCAGCUCCAACUCUGCCAGUGGAGGGGGUGGGUCCAGAGCCCACACCAGCUUCAGCUCAGUGACGAUGUCCCGGAACAGUGGCAGUGGUGGAGGGACCCGCAGUGGUCUCAGCACUGGUGGCUUUGGCAGCCGGAGCCUCUAUAACUUGGGGGGCAGUAAGAGCAUCUCGGUCAGUGUGGCUGGAGGGGCCUCCUCAGGGCGGGCCCUGGGAGGCUUCGGCCAUGGCAGUGGGGCCUACAUGGGCCUGGGGGCUGGCAGGCAGACAUUCGGGCCCGCCUGUCCUCCUGGCGGUAUCCAGGAGGUCACCAUCAAUCAGAGCCUGCUGACCCCCCUCAAUGUGGAGAUCGACCCGGAGAUCCAGCGGGUGCGCACCCAGGAGCGGGAGCAGAUCAAGACCCUCAACAACAAGUUCGCCUCCUUCAUCGACAAGGUGCGUUUCUUGGAGCAGCAGAAUAAGGUGUUGGAGACUAAGUGGGCGCUGCUGCAAGAGCAGGGCCAGAGCUCUGGUGUCACCAGGAACAACCUGGAGCCCCUGUUUGAGGCCUACUUGGGCAGCCUGCGCAGGCAGCUGGACGGCCUCCAGGGCGAGCGGGGGAAGCUGGACUUGGAGCUGAGGAACGUGCAGGAGCUCGUCGAGGACUUCAAGAACAAGUACGAGGAUGAAAUCAACAAGCGCACUGCCGCCGAGAAUGAGUUCGUGGUGCUCAAGAAGGAUGUGGAUGCUGCGUACAUGGGCCGAAUGGAUCUGCAUGGCAAAGUGGGCACCUUGACCGAGGAGCUCGACUUCCUGAAUCAUCUCUAUGAAAUGGAGCUGAGCAAUGUGCAGACCCAUGUGUCUGACACCAAUGUGGUCCUGUCCAUGGACAACAACCGCUGCCUGGACCUGGACAGCAUCAUCGCCGAGGUCAAGGCCCAAUAUGAGGAGAUUGCCCAGAGGAGCAAGGCUGAGGCUGAGACCCUGUACCACAGCAAGUAUGAGGAGCUGCAGGUGACGGCUGGGAAGCACGGGGACAACCUGCGGGACACCAAGAAUGAGAUUGCUGAGCUCACCCGCACUGUCCAGAGGCUGCAGGGUGAGGUGGAUGCAGUCAAGAAACAGUGCCAGCAGCUGCAGACUGCCAUUGCGGACGCAGAGCAACGCGGGGAGCUGGCUUUAAAGGAUGCUCAGAAGAAACUGAUGGACUUGGACACAGCCCUGCACCAGGCCAAGGAGGACCUGGCCCGGCUGCUGCGCGACUACCAGGCCCUCAUGAACGUCAAGCUGGCCCUGGACGUGGAGAUCGCCACCUACCGCAAGCUGCUGGAGAGCGAGGAGAGCAGGAUGUCUGGAGAAUGUCCCAGUGCUGUCAGCAUUUCUGUGACCGGCAACUCUACCACGAUGAGCGGAGGUGGCACUGCCGGCUUUGGGGGUGGCAUCUCCCUGGGUGGGAGUGGGGGUACCAGCAAGGGUGGUUUCAGCACCAAUGUGGGCUACAGCACUGUCAAGGGAGGGCCUGGGGGCACCUCCAUCCUGCGAAAGACCACCACAGUCAAGACGUCCAGCCGGAGGUAUUAGCUGCCGAGCCUUGUAAGCAGGGGCCCCUGCAGUCUUUUCCCUGCCCCACUCACCCACCUUGGCUGCCCUCCCCACCCACCUCCUUCGGAGCAGGCACGGCCCCAGGACCACAGAUCCAGUGUAUUUGCAUGCCAGAUUCUUAACAUGUAAUCUGCGUUUUGGGAAGGGCUCAAGUCUACUCAGAUUUCUCCCUGGUUCUACAAUGGAAUGGGAGGUCAAGGCCACCAGCUUGAGUGAUGUGUUUGGGUGACUUAGGGAUGACCUUUUGACCACUGAGAGGAGGCUGGAUUUUCCAGGCCAUCUCAGCUUCCCUCACCUCCUCUGCUCAUCUGAUCCGAGCUCAGGGCAGGCUGGGAGAGGAGGGGAAGUCAGGAGUGGUCCCUAAAUGCCUUUCAACCUCUCCUGUUUCCCACUAGACUCACCCUCUCCCUGAAUCUACCCACAUCCCCCUCCCCUGUCUAUGCCUGUGAUGUGUCUCAAUAAAUGGCAUCUGUAGUUA